AUGACAAACGAACCUGGGCCGUCUCGCCCAUCAAAACCCGCCAGCGGUACCAGCGGAGUCGCCAAUGGCAGCGGCAAGACUGAGAACGGUGCGGUCGCUAGCGGUACCGCAACGCCGGCAGCGCGUGCGCAACCCACGCCAGGCGCGUCGCCAUUCCACGAGACCUCGCAGUUCAAGCACUGGCGAUAUUCGCGCGAGGCUAUUACGAAUCUCCGUGCCGAACUCAAUGAGAAGAGUAAAGAGGUCACAGCACGCAACAUGGCCGCUGAGAAGGAAGCCCAGCAAUCUUUAGGCCACACGUUCGCCGACCCACCCCCUCAAGCGGCGUACUUGAGCGUCGAGGACGAGCUCCUUCUCGUCCGCUUCUACUGCUCGCAGUGCAGCAACAUUUGCCGGGCGGGCUUUGGUCUCCCGGAAGCUGUCGAAGCCACGGCUAUUAGCUACAUCAAGAGGUUCUACCUCAAGAACAGCGUCAUGGAGUGGCACCCAAAGAACAUCAUGCCUACAGCGCUCUUUCUCGCCGCCAAAACGACCAACCACCCCGUGCCCAUUGAAGCCUUUGUCGCCAAGCUUAAGGGCUUUGAGCCGUCGGACGUCCUCGACCUCGAAUUCCUUGUCGCCCAGUCCCUCGGCUUCGAGUUUUGGGUACGCGGCGCCGACAAGCCCCUGCGCGGGUGGUACCUCGAGUUCCAGGACCAGGCCAUCCCACCCACAGACAACUUGCAGCGCGCGCUGCCUGCCGCACUCGAAUACCUCAGUGCGAGCAGGUACAGUGACGCCGAGUUUCUAUACUCGCCUGCGCAGAUUGCGCUCGCGGCAUGGCGGCUGGCAAACAAGGAGCUCGUGGACAAUUUCCUCGAGUUCAAGUAUCAGGCGGCGGAGGCCGAGGAGGGCGCGGCACUGCCGUUUGGCGCACCACUGGCUGAGCUGCGUAUAGUCCUCGCCGAGGUGGAGGCGGUUGUGGCGGCCAGCACGGCCAAGUUCGACAUCAAGAAGAUCAAGGAGGUCGACAAGCGGUUGAAGGGAUGUACCAACCCAGAAAAAGUGCCCGGCACUGCACUUUACAUCAAACGCAAGGCCGAGCAAGAAGCCAAGAACGCCGAAGCGAAAGCUGAAAAGGCCGCCAAGGCUGCCCAUGCGCGCGUGGCAGACGACACAAUCUUCGGCGCGCCCAUUGCCAGCACGAAGGAUGGCGAGUCAAACCCACCGCAGGCGGCGCUGGACGACCCGUUCGCAUGA